CCCUCUAAUCUGCUAUUCAGCCCGUUAUACGGCAGAUCGAACGUUUAUUUCUCCUACCCGUAUUCAUACAAGCCCCGCCUCCUAUUUGAUGAUUGGCUAGAAUUAACACACUGUCCAAUAGACGAUCUGUUUGGGAGGAUGAACUCGGAGUCAAACCUACACCCGAAGCGGGAUUUGUUGGAAUUGUCAGGAUAUAGUCGGAAUACGGGUAGGACAAAAACAACGUUGAGGUUUCCACGACUCUUUAAAUGUACAACGCCAGAGUUCAGACGCAGCCUGUGUACAGUUUAGUAGCUAUCAGCAUUCAGGUAUCCGGGUGGCUCCUUCCUCAGACUGCCAUGCGAGGCCAGGGUGUGUUCAGUAGUGUGUACAGGCGUUGGAAAGCCUCCACAUGUCUCCUCAUCUCUCUACUAGCCUCACUACUGCUGCUGGCCUUUAAUAUGCGCCUACCACUUGAUCACAAAGUGAUGAGACGAUCAGUUCUUAGCAAUAACAACAGGACAGUCGACACCCAGGGUCUAUUGCGGCUGGUAAAUGGCAGGAGCCGGUGUGAGGGUCGUGUCGAGGUGCAGUACAAUGGUACAUGGGGCACGGUGUGUGAUGAUGACUGGGACAUGGUGGAUGCCAACGUGGUGUGCCGACAGCUGGAGUGCGGUCUGGCUGUGGCAGUGGGCACAAGCUCUCGCUUUGGACAGGGCUCCGGGCCCAUCCUGCUUGAUAACGUUGACUGCAAAGGGGGAGAGAUGGACCUGAGCCUGUGUGGCAAUCAAGGCUGGGGCAUCCAUAACUGCUACCAUUAUGAGGAUGUGGCUGUCACCUGCAAAGGUAACACUGUGUUAGGGCCUCAAGAACUGUCUGAGGAGCCCAGCACUCCAGCUCGCAGGAACUCGGGUUUAUGGGACGGUUCAAUCCGGCUGGUGGGCGGCUUGGACCACUGCCAGGGCCGGGUGGAAAUCUACUACCGGGGCAGCUGGGGAACAGUAUGUGACGAUGACUGGGGCAUGCGAGACGCGGCUGUGGUAUGCCAGCAGGUUGGAUGUGGCCCUGUCGUCACCUACACCACCAACGCUUACUUUGGCUAUGGUAAAGGUCUUAUCCUGUUGGACAAUGUACACUGCAGUGGCUCAGAGAGCCAACUGGCCGCAUGCUACAGCCUUGGAUGGGGGAUUCAUAACUGCGGCCAUCACGAGGACGCUGGAGUCAUCUGCACAAGACUGACCACCACCACUGCUCCUCCUGUGAACACAGGGACCAUAGACAAUGCAUUCUUCCAUACUGAAAUCCCAGCAGAGACAGGAAUGACUGUUCCAGUUACAGAGACAACACCAGCUAAUCCAACCACAUCCUUUACCACAAGAGAGCAGCACACCGUCCGUGUGGUGAAUGGGAACAGCAGCUGUCAGGGGCGCGUGGAAGUCUUCUACGAAAAUAUCUGGGGCACAGUGUGUGAUGAUGAGUGGGACAUGGACAAUGCUCAGGUGGUGUGCAGGCAGCUGGGGUGUGGACCUGCCAUGGCAGCCAUUCCACUGGCUUACUUUGGCUACGGCUCUGGUCCAAUCCUACUCGACAACGUGGACUGUGACGGCAAUGAGAGGCUUCUGGUUGACUGCUUCAACUUGGGCUGGGGACAGCACAACUGUGGACAUCAUGAAGACGCUGGAGUCAUCUGCUCAACUUCCCCGGUCUGGGCGGGAACAUCGAGAAGCUUUGGGGUGACUGAUAGGAUCAUCACCACUCCCCCACCAGUAGAGGGUGCGAUGAGGCUAUCAGGUGGUCUAAACCGCUGUGAGGGCCGAGUAGAGCUCUAUCAAAGCGGUGCAUGGGGCACUGUGUGUGACGAUGCCUGGGACCUCCCUGAUGCGCAAGUAGUGUGCAGGCUGCUGGGCUGCGGUGAUGCGAUAGCCGCACAGGUGGAGUCCUUCUUUGGACCAGGUGUUGGCACUAUUCUCCUGGACAAUGUGAAGUGCACAGGCACAGAGCUGUCACUCCAGCAGUGCUCCCACAUACCAUGGGACGUGCACAACUGUGACCACUCAGAAGAUGCUGGUGUGAGGUGCUCACUCACAUGACUCUGCCCAUCCACAGAAGCCACUCCCCUUCCCCCCGUGGUCUAUAGAGCGGCAGGGAAUGGAGUAUGUAGACAACAGGACAUGUACAUUUUGUAAAUAUCCACUCCAUUGAUACGCUGAAGAUAUAAAAAGCUACUGGAUGAUCUGAAACCAAACGAAAUGACAAAUUAUGCUUACAUACAGAAAUUGGUCGAUUUUAUUUUAUUUAUGCACUUUAUGAAUGUAUGAAUACCAAAUACAUAUAAACUGUAUGUAUAAAUAUGACACACCUAAUUUUUCCACAUUUGUUAUGUAAAAGUAAUUGAUACACAGUGGAAAUACAAACUGUUAUCCCCUAUUUUUUUUUCCUACGUACAAUAUUAAGAUAUUUAGUAUGCAAGUAUGUUAUGCUAGGCAUGCUUGCCAUUGCAUUGUGGAGCUGCUGGGACAUUCAUUAUUCACAUCACUAUAAAAGUUUUGGCUAAAGCCUAAAAUACUCAAAAUAACAAUAAAUUGGUAAUUAGAAAGGGUUUUUUUUUUUUUAAUAUUCUAUUAAAUAAAAAGCUAUAAAUAUUACACCAAGGUCAUCUAGAAAAAGAUAACCUGAAAACAUAUGUCUAUAGAUAUCUAGAAUAUAAAAAAAAAAGAUAUUCUCAGGUUUAAAGAUCUCUAAUUACAUUAGGUAAACACGAUCUCCCAAAGUGAGAGCUUCGGUUUUCACAGGAACAUUCUUUAUCAUUACCUAACGCCACUCAAAACUGCGAGAGUAGUUUAUAUUGACUGAUCAGGAUUUUGUGUGGGACAGGACGUACAUUUUGUGCAAAUGUCUAAAAUAAACAUUGCAAUGUGCUAAUGUCUUAAGACUUGUUCUGGAAGCAUAAAUUAUUCUGUAAAGCGUGUGUGGGCGUUUUUCUUUGUUUUUAGAAGUGAUCACAUUCAUUGCCGGAUGUAAUGAUUCUAAUUUAACAUUUGACCCCUGUGUCUGGACCGUUUUCAAACAACAUGGGAAAUAUGAUGUGUGCAACUGGACAUUUUGUUGUUGCACAGUUUUUUACAAAAUGUGGGGGAAUAAAGAAUCUCUUGACAUCUCUAAAAUAGUUUUUUGAUAAAACAUACAAUAAGACUUUAGAUGUUUAUUCUACAAACUUGGUGCUUAAAAAUAUUAAACAUUUCAUCACU